UGUGGGACAUCCAAAGGUACAAAACAACUGAAAUCUCCCCUGAUGCUCUCUGCACAUCAAUGUCAUGAGAUGAUUAUGUCGUAUCUGUGUGGGAUGUCCUACUGACCAGGAUUCUAGUGGAACCAUGUCUAAGUAUUCUUCCAUUAUUUUCGCUUCGAUCAUCUUAUCAUUGAGCUGGUCUGCUGUUUCUGAUUUGAGUUUCUGGCACCUGCAACAGUAUGUCAGACAGUCUGAUCGAAAAUUUGAGCAGAAAACCAAUCGGUUUUGGGAGUUCCAUGAGCAAUCCAAUAGCUGGGUUGAAGUGGAACUCCCUUUUGAUCUUGUUUCUUGUGUCAAUGAUACUUGUACAAGAGUUGGUUCAGUUGAUCAUCAGACGAUGGACAAGGUUGAAGACACAGAAGAAGUUGAUGUUCCUGAGUCGAAAAGGAGCUCUGAAAAGAAGGAUUGUUUAAAAGCAGGGGUAGGGGAAAAUUCUAAUGCUGUUCUGCCUUUCAGAAAGAGAGUUUCUCUAACAAAAAUGUCUGAUACAUCCAUCUGGAUUACUGGACCUAGUGGAUCAAUCUAUGAGAGGUUUUGGAACGGUUUGCAGUGGGUAAUAGCACCACAUGAUCUACCAGUAAGUGCAGGGUAUGCGAUUUCUGUCUUCAUUGUUAAUCAGAUAAUUCUUGCUCUCUCAGAGGCAGGGAAUCUGUACCAGAUGCAGCUGAAUGAAAAUGCACAUCCAGUUUGGGUUGAUUUCACACCACUGAUCAAUAACAGUACAAGCCAUGAAACAGGACAAAGAUUUCCCGCCCGAGUAAUUUCUGGAGUGACCUCAGAAGAUAGGGAGAGAUUAUAUUUGUGCACAAAGAAUCGAUCACUAAUAGAACUUAUUGGGACUGAACCUACCAGAUGGAAAAAUCAUGGUCGACCACCUGGUGCCGAUGUUGAAGCAAUAGUCGAUGCUACUUCUGUUAGACCAGAAGCAGUAUUUACUGUAAGUGCCGCAGGAGAUCUCUACGAAUAUGACCAGAAUUCUAAGCCAGCAUGGAAGAAACACAUACAAAAAGAAGGAUCAGAACUAGAUCUCUCUUUGGCUCCAUUGAAAGGUUGCAGCUUCCAUGGACUGAAUGGACCUACUUCAGUGUCAAUCUUUCUUUUAACCAAGGGAGGAGACUUGGUUGAGAGGCAAUUCCAACAGAGGAAGUGGAAAUGGGUUCCCCAUGGAAGUCCAAAGGAUCAUUUCUUGACAUCCAUCACAUGCAAUCCGCAAGAUGAACCAAAUGAGAACCUACAUACAAUGUUUCUCACUACAGCAGCUGGAUUAGUUUUUGAAUAUCGAAUUCCAAAACAAUCAGGUGCAUCCCAGGAGAACCAAAUUCUAGAGCAUUGGGUGAAUCACAUUCAUCCUUCAAAUGCAAAAAUAGCAAAACGAAUUACAGGGCUCCAAUUGCAAGUUGGCAGAAUGAUUUUUCCAUUAGAUGAUGGAAGGCUUUCAGAAUUGCAUCUACCAGGUAUUGGUGGUGAAAGUUCAGGACCAAGUCAGCAGAUUAAUGCCCGGAGAAGAGUAUCCCCCAAGUAUGUAUGGUCCAUAUUAGAUGCUCCAGAAACUGAAGGAUGGAAUGCAGAAUACUGUACUGAAGAAUAUGGACCUACAAAUUGCAUUUCAGGGAUGAAAGAGGAAACCAAUGAUGAAGAUCUUACAGGAUUAAUAUCAAGAAGGAGAAAAGGAAUUAGUUCACAACAAAACUACUUAUUACUUGGCAUAUCUGGCAGCAGCUCAACCAAGACCUUAGAAGAUCAUAGUAUAGCAGAUCACUCGAUUACCAAAAACUUCCGUCUCAGAGCAAUGCAUGGAGGAAAAUCCUUCUUCCUGAUAACAGAUGAGGGCCUGACAUUUGAAUACCUAAGUGCCGAAAAUGUGUGGUUCUGGUUGAGGCACGAGCAUUCAACAGCCAUCAGGGGCGCAGUUGGAAACUACAAUGGAAGUUUGUAUUUGAUUGAUGAGUAUGGAAGUCUGUUUAUUAGAGAAAGAAGUGGAAAUGAACUAGCAUGGAUAAAUUGCACUGCCAUAAAGAAAGGAAGACAAGUGAUUGGAGGUCCACCAUGGGAUGGCAUUCCUGGAAAGACACAGAAAGUAACAGCAACUGAUGCACUCUUUUUUGUCAGCAGAAGUGGAAGGUUAUUACAGCUAACUGUUGCAUUGAGAAAGUUCAAAUGGAAAGAUUGUCGAAACCCACCAAAUACUAAGAUUGCUUGCAUAGCUGAUCAGGAGGCUCUCAGAGAAAAAAUAGUGUUUGUUAUCGGGAGGAAUGGUCGACUGUACCAGUACAACAAGGUUACAGAGCUUUGGCAUGAGCAUUACCAGUCUCAACACUUAGUUCUAUCAAGAUUGCCUGGAACAGCUAUGAGGCCAUCACCUUUAUCAUUAAAGGGUUCUCUUUUCAUGCUUUCUGAAAAUGGUGGACUAGUUGAAUAUCACUGGAAUCAGUUAGACGGUUGGAAUUGGGUGGAACAUGGAACACCAAAUAGUAAUGUUACAUUAGUUGGUUCACCAGGACCUUGCUUUGAAGGUGGCCAACUAUUUCUGAUUGGUUCAGAUGGUAAUGUUUAUCUUAGGUUCCUGGACCAAGCAACAUGGAAAUGGAAGAACUGUGGCUUUCCAUACACUGAAACUAAGGUGGAUGCGGAUCAAAAGCAGAUUGGAGAAGGAAAUGGAAACAAAGAUAUCUGUAUCAAUGAAGAAAUUGAAACCAGCUUUGAGAAACUAGCAGAGAACUUGCAAGCUAUUAACAAAAAUUGUGAUCCUAAGGUGGAGUCUACACGUCCAAUUUCAUUUGCAGAAACCUCAGUCAUAUUUGAGCUAAGAGAUGGCAGAUUGGCAGAGUUGCAGAAAACUGGAGAUGCAAACUGGGCUUGGUCACGUUCCAUUGGGACUCCCACAAGUUUAUGCCUAGCUAACUAUUGGACAACUUUGGCUUCAUAAGAUAAAAAUGCCUUAUUCAAUACAAAAAAGGCUAGAACAGUUCACAGCAUAGCAAAAUACACAUUUCGAUAGGUUGCAGUAUGAAAAUGUUGUACAGUCUCUAGAGAAGGAUAUUUACAGAAAUAUUAUACUGAAUGGAGUUUUUCUCUAUUUCUUUUCUUACUUAUUCUUAUGUAUUCCUCCAUCACAGAGAAGCACAGAACAAGAAUGUAAUCAGCUGUAAAGCAGUAAUGCAAAGGAAAGGUACACAAAAUGAUGAAUAAAAUUUGGGUGUAUUUAUUGUAUGA